AUGCUUGCUGCCACUGUCCGAGAGGGUAUUUUCAUAUCUUACUCAGACAAGACUUUCGUUUCCCUUGGUUGCAAUUUGCCAAGCGGGAUUUCUUCCUUACACAGCAUCAACGCUGGCGGUUUGAGCUGUGCUUCAUUCAUUCUCAAUCGCUUCAACCCCUCGAGUUUAAUACAGAUAUCUCCGAACCUGUAUCUAUCAAAAGCCCACACUGAGUGUUGCCCUACCAUAACCUCGCAGGUUAACUCUCCUUUCUCGGAAAGUAACUCGACCAACUUAGUUUUCCUUCGUCCCUUAUUUCUUAACUACCCCCAAGGGAAUAAUUCCACUUUAUUUUUAUCGUUCCUUAUUCUUCCCUUCCUGGGAUGUUCACUCUUUCUCUCUUCAAGGAACCCUCUUCUUUUCUUCAGUUCUUGUUCUGGGGUUUUUCACUACCCUACGUCUUCUUUUAUUGGGACAAUUUCUGACCACAUGACCCUCCUUUCCACAGCCAUAGCAUGUUCUUUUAAAUGUACAAUCCCGGACGAAAUGACUCCACAGCCGUAA